AUGGUGGACGUGAAAUGUCUGAGUGACUAUGAAUUACAGAAUGAACUUAAUAAGCUUGGAUUUUCACCUGGCCCAAUUCUAUCUUCCACCAGAAAACUGUAUGAAAACAAGUUAAUGCAAUUGUUGGUCUCAUCUCCCUGUGCACUUAUGAUGAAUGGACCGGGAAAGCAGCACAGAACUCAAGACUAUGAAGACAGGAGAGAGCUGAGGGGCAUUAUCGUUUUGAAAGGAAAUAUCAUACUCUCAUCAGAAAAAAAGAAGGGACCCCAAAAAGGACCAGGGGAUCUGUGGGCCUCAGGAGCACCAUACCUCAGAUUCAGAGAAUGGAAUAGCACCAAAGAGAAGGCCUACUGCACAGUAAACGGACGUGCUGGGAGCAGGAACCUAGAACGGUUUCCAGCGGGCUUGACGCUUGCAGUGUUUGGCAUCUUCAUCAUUGUGGUAUUUGUCUACAUAACCGUGGAAAAGAAGCCGCUCUUUGGUUAG